GAAUUAAGUGCCAAAUUCCGUACUAUCAAAGCAACGAAAAAGCGCGACUUUACUAUAACCAAGGCGUCGUACGUCUUAAUAGGCCCGCCGCUACAAAAGAAGAAGACUAUUAUUCUACCGGCCGAUAAGCGCACUAGUAAGGAUAUCGACGACCUUGAUAAGGACGAGGAGGAAGAGAAUAAAGACGAGGGCGAGGGCGAGGGCGAGGGCGAGGGCGAGGGCGAUAGCGGAGGUAGAGGUAGAGGUAGAGGUAGAGGUAGAGGUACUAAGCAGGACGAUCUAUUCUUCGGCACCGGCAAUCAGCCUAAAUACUAG